CCAGUUAUGGAAUUGUUUUGAUAUGAUGUGGCAUUAUACUUUUGUUUCCAGUCGACAAUAUUUGAGGGUAACACAUUUUCACAGAUCUUUAACUAAAACGACCAACUUUAUCCUAUGUUGUUUUUAUCAAUAUCGAAUGCUACAGGUCAGUGCCCGACACAUUGAAUACGACCACAUGGCAGUGCCAGACACAUUGAAUACGAUCACAUGGCAGGCAUUGCCACAGUCAACGCGGGAUUGGAGAAAUUCGUUAUUUAUUCUGGAUAACUCUAAUCUACGAAAACCAUUUAAAGGACUAGAUUGACAACCUAAAAGUUGCUAUAAAGGUACAAUGUUGACCAACAAGCUGCUGACCCUGGUGCUGGUGGUGCAGCCUGGACGGGUGCUGCUGGGCAUGAAGAAGAGAGGGUUCGGAGCAGGGAAGUGGAAUGGGUUUGGUGGCAAAGUCCAACCUGGGGAGACUAUUGAAGAGGCUGCCAGGCGAGAACUGCAGGAGGAAUGUGGCCUCACAGUGGAUGCACUUGAUAAGAUUGGAAAUAUCAAAUUUGAAUUCAUCGGAGAAACAGAGCUGCUUGAUGUGCAUGUUUUCCGAGCUGACAACUACAACGGGGAGCCAACAGAGUCGGAUGAGAUGCGGCCGCAGUGGUUCGACUCGGACAAGAUACCCUUCAGUCAGAUGUGGGUUGACGAUAUUCUGUGGUUUCCACUGAUGCUUCAAAAGAAGAAGUUCUUGGGCUACUUCAAAUUUCAGGGUCAUGACUUGAUCAUCGAACACAAGUUGGAGGAGGUAGAAAGGCUUUAAGACCGACUACUGGCCUCGGACUCAUUCAUACUGUAUCAAAGAGCAUUCCCACAUGUUGUCUACCUAAAACAUCCCUGGAGAAAUACUGCAGAAUUCCUACUGAUUCCAGCUACCCUUGUUCAUAUUCAGUGCCAAGAAAUCCCCAGGUCUUUGUAAAUUUACAAACACUUUGUUGCCAGUGACCAUAUGCCUGUGAAUCAGUAAUAAUAAUUCCCACUGAGCCAAAACAAAAUACUGGAUGUUUAAAUGUUGCUGACAUAUGUAUCGUAUUCCACUAUUGUGUUUAUAUUACAUUAAAGUAUGUGCGAAUGCAGUGUG